CCACCGGAUGUUUUGGGUCUUUUGGAGGGAGGAGCUGAACGCGUGAAAAGAAAUAAAACAAAAUGGCAAAAAUGGAGAACGCGUACAGAAUGACAGACGGAGACAUCAGGCUGAUGAUACAGCUCCGUGCCACCAACGCCGACAUCUUCACAGGAAGGAAGAACUCUGCCAUGAGAGGCUGGAGGGCCAUCAGGAACGAGAUGGGGAUGCAGAAAGUGCUGACCGCUCAGCAGAUGAAGAAGAAGUGGAACAACCUGAAAGAAAAGUACAGGGCUCUGAAGAACCCUCCAGUGGGCAUGGAGACCCAGACCAGAUCUUGGCGCUGGUUCUACCUCAUGGACGAGGCCAUGAACGGCCAGCUGGCCGGGACCGCCAGCGUUGUCCGUCCGUCCCCGCCUAGGGAGGACGAGGAGGAGGCCGCCAACUCGCCGCCUCCUCAUCCUCCCAAAACAGAAGUGUCUUUUACUGGACUGAGCUCGGUUGAGAUGGGAGCUCUGGAGGACGUCAUGGAGCUCAGCGGGAUCGAAGCAUGCGGGAGCGUCGAGGCCGAGAGCAGAACCGAGUCACCUGCUGAGUUUGUCCCAGACGGACAUCACAGAGAUCGUCUGAGAGGACCAGAGGCUGAGAACGCUGCCAUAAACAAAACCCAGACCACCGUCCUCUACGCCACCUUACUGCCCGACUGCACCCUCGAGACCAACAAGACGCCGGCCUCCUCCGGCCUCGCCGUUACGGAGGACAGGGAGGCCGACGGGAGGCUGGUCGAGCUGCAGAGAGAGUGGAGAGCUCUGGAGAGAGAGCAGGCCGAGUUUGACAGAGAGCUGAUCGCUUUAGAGAGAGACAGAGAGAUGCUGAACAGAGACACGGCCACUGUGGAGAGAGACAGAGCGGCCGUGGAAAGAGACAGAGCGGCCGUGGAAAGAGACCGAGGGGUUCUGGAUCGAGACCGUGUGGUUCUGGAUCGAGACCGAGCCUUUCUGGACAGAGACCGAGCCUUUCUGGACCGAGACCGAGUGUUUCUGGAGAGAGCCAGGGAGGAUUUGGAGAGAGAGCGAGCGCUGCUGAGGAGAGAGAGGGCCGUCCUGCAGAGGGAGGGGCCGGCCGUGGACGGACACCAGGCGGAGGUGACCACAGAGAAGGAGGUGGUGCUACAGAGCAGGUUCUACCAGAGACUGAUGUCUGCAGACCUGGAUCCGGACCAGCUGGAGACCAGACAGAGACUGGUGUGUUUGUUCCAGAGGCUUGUUGAGAAGCUGUGAGCGGAGGAAGCUCAGUUCUGUGUUGGAGAGAGAUCUCACUUGACGAAGGACAGAUAUGGACCUCUGACUAACUCUUUCUGUUCCUCAUGUCAGUGUCAAUAAAGACUCUUCUGCUUUGGUGUACAAACAACAUUUCCUUCCUCUGUGUCACUCUGGGCGUUCUAAGGUGGAAGUUCAUAAUCAUGGAGAGAAACGUAGUGGCAUCUUUGGCCUAAAAUCUAAAACGGUGGUCCCACAUCUCACUGUGAGACACGUCCAUUAAUGCAGCUUUCCACAGCCACGAUACCGGUCCUUCCUCUCCUCCUCUUCCUCUCUUCCUCUUUUGCAGUUCGUUCGAUGCUUUAACUGCUCUGUGUUCUUGUUUGUUGUUUGCAGAGCGGCUCAGAAGCGUCUCUGCUCUCAUGUACCUUUUUCCUGUUAGCGCUACGAUCCACCACACAAACACAAGAUAAGAUCAAAGUGUAUUUAUCCAGGGAGGGGAAUUAUUGUGCAGCUUGUUACAGUACAAGUGCAAAUAAAACAAAAUAUAAACAGCAGAGAUGAUCAAUAAGCUGCAAAAACUAAAUGAACACAACAGACAUCACACAAUCUGAUCACCUCCACUGAUUUUGUUUACAUCAUCUCACAUUAACACCAUCAUUGUUGUCCCAGUCUAAAGUUGACCUUAGUUUCAUAACAGUGAUGCUGUGGAUUCAGUUUGUCCCAAAAAAGACAUCUUUCCACUAAAAAUCUGAAUAAACUGACAGAAGUGUAAUGACCCUGACUGCUGCUGCUGGAGAGAAGAAGUGGAUCAACAGAGAAGCUUUUAUGGUUUCUGUAACAUUCAGAGAGAUGAAGCACGAACCAGGCUGCAGCCCUUUAAAUCCUGUAAAGCAACAAAAGACAAAUAGAAUAUAAAUACUAGUCUAACACGCUUUAUAAAGCUCUAUUUAUCAGGAGGGAAAGUGCAAGACUGCAAAUACAACAAAUGUACACAAUUCCAGAAAGUAAACUGUAUGAAAACAGUAUGUGUCAAAAUAAAAGCCUCGAACCUCUUUUUAAAAAGGUUUCGCUGAUUUGUAAGAUUCCACUCUUCAGGAAACUGCUCAUUAUGUAUGUAGUAUAUCAUAGACUGUUGAUACAUACAGCGGGUAAAAUAAGUAUUGAACACGUCACCAUUUCUCUCAGUAAAUAUAUUUCUAAAGGUGCUAUUGACAUGAAAUGUUCACCAGAUGU